AUUGGGCUAAAUGCUUCCUCAAAAUGGGCUUUGAACUUCACAGGCUAUACAGAAAUAGAAGACACAGCCGGUGGAAGUAUGCUAACUGGGAGAGCCUCAAUUAAAUUAUUAAAUUAAAGCAUGUACACUAAGCUACUUAUCUAGCUUAUUCACGAGCUCGCUUGGGAAGCCAGUGAUAUCACCAACAGCACUUCGCUAACUGUUCUAUAUCAAGAGGAGACUAGAUCGGGCUAGCAGAUAGCUAACGUUACAGAUGCAGCCAUCAAACUACAGGUGGAAACUGAUAGCUAGCUAAAUUAUUCGGCUAGUUUGAAGCAUUGCAAGAUUGCACCAAGCCAAACCUUUGAAUUGGCUAGCCCCUUGUGCUACGAAGAAGAAAUACAGGCUCACUGACCGCUAGCAAUCUUUUGAUUAAUUCAAAGACUGAGGGAAUGGACUUUACAUUGGACUUUGCGGCAGGAUGCAUAGGAGGUGCUGCAGGUGUUUUGGUUGGCCAUCCUUUUGAUACUGUAAAGGUACGACUCCAAGUUCAGAGUGUGGACAGACCUCUGUACCGCGGCACGUAUCACUGCUUCCAGUCUAUCGUACGACAAGAGUCUAUGACAGGGCUCUACAAAGGCAUCGGCUCCCCCAUGAUGGGCCUGACCUUCAUCAACGCCAUUGUGUUCGGUGUCCAGGGCAACGCCAUGCGCAGGCUGGGCCACGACACACCGCUCAACCAGUUCCUGGCUGGGGCAUCGGCGGGGGCAUUGCAGAGCAUCAUUUGCUGCCCUAUGGAGCUGGCCAAGACACGGAUGCAGCUGCAGGGCUUGGGCGAGAGGAAGUCCAAGCAGAAGUUGUACAAAAACUCACUGGACUGCCUGGUGCGCAUCUACCGGAAGGAGGGCUUCUGCGGAAUCAACCGGGGAAUGGUGACCACACUGGUCCGUGAGACGCCGGGCUUUGGGAUCUACUUCUUGACCUACGAUGUCCUGACGCGCCACUUGGGCUGCGAGCCCGACGACCCCUACAUGAUCCUCAAGUUGCUGUUUGCCGGCGGCAUGUCGGGCAUCGCCUCGUGGAUCUCCACCUACCCUGUGGAUGUCAUAAAAUCGCGGCUCCAGGCGGACGGCGUGGGUGGCCACAACAAGUACAACGGCAUUGCAGACUGCAUGCGUCAGAGCAUGAAGCGGGAGGGCUGGCGGGUGUUCACGCGUGGCCUCACCUCCACACUGCUUCGGGCAUUCCCAGUCAACGCCACAACCUUUGCCACCGUGACUCUGUUCCUCAUGUACAUGCGGAACGACGAGGGCGGCAUCACAGACUGCGAGCCCCUACCUGCCCACUCCUCACUCACUGCGAGCCCACAGCAGGCCCAGCCCUCAAGCCUGUGACCUGGGGAUGAUGGUGCUUCUGCUCUGGUGACCCUGACUGGAGUGGAGGUGGUCCCACAGUGCACCAGUUAAGCUGCUGAGACCUGAGUGACUUGACCACUCGACAAAGGAUAUUUUUAUACAAUGUAUUUUAAGAUUGGAAAACUUAGGUUGUAAAUAUUUACGUGUCCCUUUUUUGACCCUUGGUUUUCUACAGAGCAGCCUUUUUUUUUCUUUUUUCUCUCAAUUGUUUUUUUGUUUGUUGGGUGAAUUAAUUUGUCACUGGAAGCAAUCACACUGAAAAAGUACUCAUUACUGAACUGGUCAUCCUGGUUACAAACAAAACAACCGUAUACAUGUAUUUAUGCACAGCUUAGUAUAUUUAUAUUGCAGGGUUGGAGUAACGGAUUACAUGUAACAAAACAAACUAAUCCGUUACCAGCAAAAUUAUUGUAAUACUUUUGAAUUCAGAAAGGAUGUUUGGGGCCGGGGAAAUCUGACUCCUUUCCAUUUUCUCCUGACAUUCAAAUCAUCAAGUUUAAAGGGAUACUUAAAGAUUUGAUCUACUUCCCCGGAACUCAUGGAUACCAUUCUUAUUUCAGUGUCCAGUAUGAAGGAAGUUGGGAGGUAGUUUCGCUAGCCAAUGACUGGAAGUCUAUGGGUAUCUGCUAGCAGAUGCCUAUAGACUUUGUCAUUAAAAUGCAACAUCCAUUAUGGCCAGCCCUUAACAUUGAUUUAUCCUGCAAUAGAUGUCAUUCAAUUGGUAAUAUUAAUUUGUCUUCUAAUCAUCGUAAAGGGGAAAGUAACAAAGUAAAGUUUGAGGAAUCCAAAAGUUACGUGACUGAUUUAGAAUUUCACAUGUAAACUAGUAAUUAACGGAUUAACCUACCCAACCCUGCUUAUAUGCAUGUAUGUCUGAAAAUAUGUACAUAUGCUGUACUGUAUACACAAGUAAAGCUUUCCGAUGAAAAGACUAACUCUGGAGUCCUAUUUUCGAGUACAUAGUUUGGAAUCCAUAAGGGUCCGUUCACAUUGCUUGCAGGGAAAAAACUAUGCCAGAAAGGAAGCCAUUUCAUUCGUUCUAAUCAAUGAUUCUGCUGGCUAGGACCAAUGAAAUGACUUCCUUGCAUAGAUUUUUACGGCGAGCAGUGUGAACGGAGCCUUAGGCCCACGGGUGAAGAGUAUCUUGAGUAACCAUUUUGGAAAGCCAUUGGACAUUAGAGUUGGGUGCGACGUCUGCACAAACUGGUUCCUGAUUUACACAACUCUUAGUUCUUUUUGAUAAUCCUAAUUUAAACACUCGGGGGCAUCAAGUCAAUCAUGUCCCAGACCUUGUAAAGGUGGCACCUUAUUUUACUGAAACACUCGGCAUUAACAAAUGUGCUGAAAUUAUUGCAGUGUUAAGUAUGAAAUGGCACGACCAUAUUGCACAGCGAAAGAAGUGAAUUGUUUUGAUUCAGGACAAGUGUUUUUUACAGUAGCAUUAUUGUAUUUGAGGCAGCACAGUCCCUAGAAAAUGUAGCGAAUUAAAUCAGCCUGAUUGUUACAUACCAACUUAAUAUUGAAUGAUGUACAUGUCAUGAUUUGAGAAAUGAUCCUACAAGUAUGAUAUGUAUGUAAACAAAUGUAUUAAGGAUAUCGCAUCCUUUCACUGGAGAGGUUAAACUACCUACACUGGAUAUCAAAUUGAAUUGCACGUGCAUGCGUUUCUCAAUAACUAAUGACUCGUUUCUAUAUGCUGGAUGACACUGCUUGUACAAGAGUAACGUACUGUAUGAUGUAUUUAUACUGUGAAUUGGGGUCAGUGCUUUCUCGUCUUAUUUCUUUUAUGGCACAAUUUAAGUGUGAUCGUAGACAAGGGCAACUCAACUAUAUGGAAUGCUGCUUCCUAUGUUUUACUGUUACAGAAAACCAUCAGCAUUUUGGUUGUACUGUACAGGUUGGAUGGCAUAUGUCCAAUCAGAGCCAGAGUCCAGAAGGGCUCAAGUGCUUGAAAAGGGCAAGUAACUUUUCUUUUGUAUGUGUAAUGUUUGUUCUUUUAUAAGUCUUAAUGUCUUGCAACCAAAGCAAUAUGUGGAAAAAGAAAUGGCUGAAUAAAAACCUAAUAGGAGUCUUCUUUGUCAUGUCUUUUCAAGACAAGAAUGUAACAAAGUAUGUCUGCCAAAGGUCAGGAUGCAAUACGAUUGUGCUUUGUCGUCGGCAAUGCACCAUUUCAAUUAAAUUUCCGACUAAGCCGAGCUUGUGCAGCAACGCGUUUACAGUGAACGUUAGAACAUUUGCCUUUUAAAAAGGUGCAUUGCCAACGGCGCCAGAUCGGAUUAAAUCCUGGCCUAAGCCUUAGCACUCACAGUAUCUUUUUUAAGGAUUGGAUCAGCUUACUAUUGCAGAAAGAUUGUUGCUUCCAUCAAUGUAAUUGUCUGCAUUUCCAAUCCCCCAUAUAUUUUUGGUAAAUAUAUAUACAUUUUUAAGAAUAUACUUGAUUUCCCCCUGCAAACACCAUCAAUCCCCCAAUUGGAGUAAACUAAUAGACCUUCAGUUUAUACACGUUUAGUUUUUCCUCUUUCUGAUGUCCAUCCAGUUUGAUUUUUAUUUAACUGCUAUUUCACAAAAUGUCUGAACCUAUAUCCAUCUAGUAUAGGCAACUCAAACCGAAGGGAACAGUCACUGCUCUAGAACAGGCAGACAUUGCUUUUGAAGGCAACCUAGGUCAAAGAAUGUGUAUAUUUUAUUCUAGGUCGAACCAGCGACCUUUUGGUUACUGACUCAACCGCUAGGCUACCUGCAGCCCUAAGAAAUUGACCAAAUUUUGAUUUGUCACUGGCCUACACACACAAUACCCCUUAACGUGAAAGCGGAAUUAUGUUUUUAGAUUAGAUUUUUUCUAAUGAAUGAAAAACAAAUGUAUUGAGUCAAUUAUUCACAACCCCUUUUAUGGCAAGCCUAAUUAAGUUAAUAAGUAGUAAAAAUGUGCUUAGCAAGUCACAUAAGUUGGAUGGAAUCGCUGUGUGCAAUAAUACAUUAACUUUUUUUUAAUAACAACUGUACCUCAAGUGUACAAUUAUCUGUAAGGUCCCUCAGUUGAGCAGUGAAUUUCAAACACAGAUUCAACCAAAAAGACCAGGGAGGUUUUCCAAAGCCUCAAAAAGAAGGGCACCUAUUGGGAAGUUUCCUUCCUCUCCGGCAGCUGAGUUAGGAAGGGCGCCUGUAUCUUUGUAGUGACUGGGUGUAUUGAUACACCAUCCAAAGUGUAAUUAAUAACUUCAUGUUCAAAGGGAUAUUCAAUGUCUGCUUUAUUUUGUUGCCAUCUACUAAUCUGUGCCCUUCUUUGCAAAACUAUUGGAAAACUUCCUGGUCUUUGUGGUGGAAUCUGUGCUUGAAAUUCACUGCUCUACCAAGGGAACUUACAGAUAUUUGUACCCCCAAAGAUGGGGUACUCAUUUAAAAAUCAAGUUAAACACUAUUAUUGCACACAGAGUGAGUCCAUGCAACUUGUUAAGCACAUUUUUAAUCCUGAACUUAUUGAGGCUUCCCAUAGCAGAAUGGUUGAAUACUUAUUGACAAGACAUUUCAGCUUAAAUGUUUUAUUAAUUUGUAGACAUCUCAAAAAAUAUAAUCCCUCUGACAUUAUGGGGAUAUUGUCUGUAGAUCAGUGACGCAUCUAAAUGUAAUCCAUUUAAAUUGCAGGCUGUAAACCCCACAAAAUGUGGAAAAAGUCCAGGGGUGUGAAUACUUUCAGAAGGUACUGUAUAUGACUCCAUAGUGCAUGUUCGCCCCAGAGUGUCAAAUGUUUUUAUGUGGGAAAGACCAAUGACGUGUCUGUCGUUAUGUCUUCUUUAUGUAAUGAAAGGGUGAACCCUUGUGGUUCAGACAGACUAGUCUUGCCAGACUCAGCAAUGCGAAGAGACUAGACAGACAUUUUGUAUUCUUGGGCGAUAAUAUCUGUCAAUGUGUUUUGACCGAAUCAAAUGACCUUAAACGAAUAAUAAACAAAUACCUCUGA